CGGGCUCGGCACAGCCCUCGCCGGUCUCCACCACCGCCUUCGGGACGUCGGAGCCAAACCGAGCGGCCAGCCGCGCCAAGCCACGAUGGAGCGCUACAGCAGACCCCAGGAUUUGUCAGAGGCCCUGAAGGCAGCCACCCAGGAGGUUCACACCCAGGCUGAGAAUGCUGAGUUCAUGAGGAACUUCCAGAAGGGCCAGGUGACCCGAGAGGGCUUUAAGCUGGUGAUGGCCUCCCUGUAUCACAUCUACGUGGCCCUGGAGGAGGAGAUCGAGCGCAACAAGGAGAACCCCGUCUACGCCCCACUCUACUUCCCGGAGGAGCUGCACCGCCGCGCCGCCCUGGAGCAGGACAUGGCCUUCUGGUACGGGCCGGGCUGGGAGAAGGCCGUGCCCUUCACGAAGGCCACCAGGAGCUACGUGCGGCGGCUGCAUGAGGUGGGCGGCAAGGAGCCCGAGCUGCUGGUGGCCCACACCUACACCCGCUACCUGGGCGACCUGUCCGGGGGCCAGGUCCUCAAGAAGAUCGCUCAGAAGGCCCUGGACCUGCCCAGCUCCGGCGAGGGCCUGGCCUUCUUCACCUUCCCCAACAUCGAGAGCGCCACCAAGUUCAAGCAGCUCUACCGCUCCCGCAUGAACGCUCUGGAGAUGACCCCCGAGGUCAGGCACAGAGUGAUCGAAGAGGCCAAGACCGCCUUCCUGCUCAACAUCCGGCUGUUCGAAGAGUUGCAGGAGCUCCUGACUCAGGGCAGCCAGGACCAGAGCCCUCUGCAAGCCUCAGGGCUCCGGCAGCGGCCUCACACCAGCGCCCCAGACCCCACUCCCGUGGAGGCCUCCAGAGGGAAAGCCCAGCUCAGCCUCCUGCCCCAGACGCCGCUGCUGCGGUGGGUCCUGACACUCAGCUUUCUGGUGGCCACGGUCGCCGUGGGGCUUUAUGCCAUCUGAUGCCAGGCGCGGGCUCCUGGGCCAUGAACUCUGUCCAUCCAGCGGAAGGCCCUCUCUCUGGAGAGGGAGACUCUUGGUGACUUCCUGAUCUCUGACCUGGGGGCUGUUGCACCCCCACCCUCUCCCUGGCAUCCUCUCGCUCUGGAAAGGAAGCACGGUCCCCCAGCUCAGCGCACAUGUAGCCGAGGCCUGAAGCUCCAGAGUCCUGCUGGGCUCUCGGCACCUCCGUUCCUGCAGUAGAGCCCACAAGACCUGGCCUGAAGUGACCUCUGUCCUGGGCCUCCGGUCCCCUGGCUCCCUGGUUCCUGUUGGCCACGGUGACUUUUCUAUCCACGUGCAGAGAUGUUGUGUUUUGAGUUUUUGUCUUGUGUUUUGCUGAGGCCACUUUUUGUUCCCGGCAGAGUCUAAACUGGUAGUUUGUUAUGUCCUAUUAUGUUUUUAUAGCAGGGUUGGGGUGGGCGGGUGCGGCGGGGAGGGUUUCACAACUCUGAGGCCUUGGCCUCUAACUUUCAUGUGAAAUAAUAAAUGAUGU